AUGCAGAACCUGUGCAAAUUUGGUGUGUACCUCAGUUACUCUUUAAUCUCAAAGGCCAAUAUAGUUUAUAAAAAGACACAGAUUGAGCCCAUUGAUGGGUACUGUGUCCAACAGCUGACGGAAUUUGAGGGGAAGACUUUAGUGUCAGUCACCAAAGAGGGCUUGGAACUUCCAGAGGAUGAAGAAGAAAAAAAGAAACAGGAAGAGAAAAAAACAAAGUUUGAGAACCUCUUCAAAAUCAUAAAAGACAUAUUGGAGAAAGAAGUUGAAAAGGUUGUGUCAAACCGAUCAGUGACGUCUCCAUGCUGUAUUGUCACAAGCACAUAGGGCUGGACAGCAAACAGGAGAAUCAUGAAAGCUCAAGCCCUAAGACACAACUCAACCAUGGGUUACAUGGCAGCAAAGAAAUACCUGGGGAUAAACCCUGACCAUUCCAUUAUCGAGACCUUAAGGCAAAAGGCAGAGGCUGAUAAGAACGACAAGUCUGUGAAAAAUCUGGUCAUCUUGCUUUAUGAAACUGCGCUCCUGUCUUCUGGCUUCAGUCUGAAAGAUCCCCAGACACAUACUAACAGGAUCUACAGGAUGAUCAAACUUGGUCUAGGUAUUGAUGAAGAUGACCUUACUGCUGAUGACACCAGUGCAGCUGGAAGUGAAGAAAUGCCACCCCUCGAAGGAGAUGAUGACACAUCACGCAUGGAAGAAAUACACUAAGCUCCAGCUGAGGGAUGACUUACCUGUUCAAUACUCUACAGUUCCUCUAAUAAUGUAUUUUCAAGGAUGUUUUUCUUUAUUUUUAUUAACAUUAAAAAGUCUGUAUGGCAUGACAACAACUA